AAUGAAGUGUAUAUGUUUUAAUGACUUAUAUCAGCUUCGCUGUCAGUGUCACUUUUUUUUCAAUUUUUUUCAUAAUACAUACAAGUAUCAUGACUUCAAGAUGGGUAGAGGUGCGUGGUUCACAUGAUGAUAUUCUCAAUGAAAGAGCGCAUGGCUUCACUAACAAGGAAGUGCGGAAAGCGUUCAUUCGCAAAGUCUACCUCUUACUGGGCAUUGAAUUGUUAUUCUUGUUUGGAUGCUGUUUACUUGGAGCCUUCUUGCAACCAUUGAGAAUAUUUGUCUUUCUACAUUAUUGGUCAUCUCUGGGGAUAAUGAUCGGCUGUUUUAUCGCCAGUUUUAUACCGUACAUUGCAUUGACUUGCUAUGAGCAUGUGAGGAAAGCUGUGCCAGGAAACUAUAUUAUCUUCAAUGUUUUUGUGCUUUUUAUCUCAAUUGGAAUAAUGUUUGCAACUGCCAUGAUGGAACCCUGGGCUUUUCUCGCAGCCUUUGGUAUUACAUUAGCUUUGGUCAUCUUUCUAACUUUGAUAUCAUUCAUACCAUGUCUUGAUGUGACAGGUUGGGGUAUCUGGCUAUUCGCAAUUGGAUUUGUCGUAAUGAUGUUCGGCUCCAUAUCAAUGAUUUUAUAUAUCUUCUUGCGAAUAAGACUCUUAAUACUUGUUUAUGCAGGUCUCAGUGUCCUCGUGGCAUGCUUGUAUCUAGUAUUCAUCACGCAAUUAAUUAUUGGUGGUAAAAGGGUGGAAUUGGAUCCGGAUGAGUAUAUUCUGGGGUGCAUCCUGCUUUUCACUCAAAUUAUUUCGAUGCUAAUGAAUAUGAUGGUACUUUUCAGAAGCUAAAAUUCAGAUAAAUAAAACCUAAUGUAUAUAUAUUUAAAAAUAACAA